GGACGUAUACAGCAGAACACCUCACAGGCACUUUUCGGUUUGCGUCGUUUUAGCUCGUUGUCUCGCUACAGGAGGAGUUUCCUUCAUAUUUAAGAUUAUUCUCAAAUACGUAACAGGAAUUGAAGUGUGUUUCAAACCGAUGUAAUAACUUGAAGAAGACCCGGCGAGCCAGUGCGCCUGGUGGAGACGCGCUGAAGGAAGCAAAGUGGGGACGAGUUUACCAAACUACCGACAAACGGAUUUUUGGAUUUGUUUGUCCGCUUGCAAGGGUUUGUGUCCAUUCAUUAUCAAGCUGUCAAACUAGUUGCAUGCUAUUUUUCCUCAAGUAGGGUAGUUAAACGUUCGCUUUUGUCAUAUUUAUUCAGGAAGUUUUAUUUGUUAAUCGAUGAUCUGAAGGGUUUAAACGGGUGCACUUGUGUCUGCACAUGCUUUAGUUAUGGCACACUGCGAGCAGUUUCUCAUUGAAAUGCUUUAAACCAGGGCUGUCUUCAAAGGACUGGCGCGGGGGUCAUUUGCAGCGCGCAGUGUUUUUUUCUUCCAUAUUCUAACAGUGAAAUUAAACACGACCUGCGGAAAAAGGUAGGAGAAAAAAUGUCAAUGUUGAUAUCUUUAUUUUAAAUUAAAAAAAUGAAAUAUAUCAUAUUAAGAUAUUUAUAUUAAAUAUGUUUAACUACAUAUCAUACGUUGACCUACAGCAUAUUGUUGGUUGGUAUUCUUUGUAGUGUGUUUCUUAAACAGAUGGUGAAGUAGCCCCCCUCUUCCAUUUUUCUUCAUAUGGCCCUCAUUGAAAACAAAAAAAGUUUGGACAUCCCUGAUUUAAACACAUGCAGUUGCUAUGAUCUCAUCCUUGAUGAUGUGAGUUCUUCUUUUAAAAUCCUAAUUAGAAGCACCGGUCACAUCUGAAGGUCACUAUCGUUGGAAGGGAAUUAGUUUAGAAAUGUUUUAAAGAGGCUUGAAGUCACUGGGUUAUUUUUCAGUUUGCCUACACUGCCAAAGUGGUAGGACCUCAUCUAUCAUCUGGGCCGGAUGUGCUGUAUGUGCGGGUCACCCCCACCGCCACUUUGAUCUGGGCUGGGCAGGAGAGCAGCAAGUACCAGCAGGACCCUUCUGUGGCCAAACUGACUGCAGGAUGGGUAGCUUUUCCAGCAAGGACAGCCAUGGAAUCUCCGGGAACCACUUGGAUAGUUUCCACACUCCUCCUGCUUCCCCACAAAGUGACGAACCUGGAUUUGUACCUGGUGCUCCCCAGCUCCUUCCCCCCACAUCACCUAAAUCUCCCUGUGCAGUUUUAUCUUCACCUCCUGUCUCGGUGCUCGCAUCCUCCUCUGUGAAACGAUCACACCCAAGUUCUGCCAUUCCUUCUCCUGAGUGGAGGCCUCCUCCUCCACGGCUCAGCUCAAACAGAGCCGCAACUCUCUCAGCAGUCAGUCCAGUUCCCACCAAACCAGAAAGUACAUUAGCAGUGAAAGGACACAUUACUUUGGGCAGAAAUGAGGCUCCUUCUACUUCUACACCUCAGAGUGGGGUUUCACAGGGCAAGUGUAUGCCUGUCAGCCCUACGACGAGCUCUUCUACGUGUAGCUCCUCACCGGCUGUGUGCAGCUCCUCUGGGCCGAAAUGGAGAGAAAGGGACAGCGGUCUGAGUCACUCUUUGUUGCCAGGUCCUGAGGCCAGAGAUGUCCAGUCCGAGGAACUGACAAGGCUGUUGGACGAGUGGCGGACAACAUUAGGGACCUCUGAACGUCAGGAUGGGCCCACAGAUGUAAUAGCAAUGCUGAAACAUCUCCAGGCAGAAGUGAAGAAUUUGAAGAGUGCAAUGCAGAGCGAGCGAACGGAAUGGCUGCAGUUCCAGGCUGACCUUCAGGUUGCAGUGUCAGUGGCUGACCGUCUAAGAGCCGAGGCUGAAGAGGAGCUGACUGCACUCCAGACGGCUCAUAAAGAUGUGGAGAGGGAACUGGCUGCUGCCCUGCACAGACGGAAGGAGGCUGACAUGCAACUUGUCACUUUGAGAGGGGAGCUGGAGGAGAGCAGGCAGAGGCUGGCUACUCUGAGUCAGACUCCAGACAAAACUAAUGUCCAAGAAGGAGAGAAGACCGAAGCGUUGAAGAACUCUGACAGCGGAGAGGGGAGUCAGAGGGGCAGGGAGAGGGGUGUGUACCGGGUGGCGGGGAGUUCGAAUGACACUGUGAAAAGUGUUGUCAGAGAGGACUGUGUGGCUGUCACUAAACAAUACCUGAGAAAUGUAACCAAUGAGGGAAGGAGGAGGAAAGAGGUGCGAUUGGAUGAGGCACAAAGAACAGCAACCACUGAGAGGUCAAGAAGCCUGUCCAGAUUACCAGCGUACUCGGACUCCCUCACAUUACAGAAUGGAACUUCCCAGUCAACCACUUCCACAACACCUGAAUCAGCAAAUAAGAAUUUGGUACAAUUUAGAGGACGAAGAUGUCUGGACCAAGAAGAGAGCAGGUCAAACGCUGAUUCAGGGAAACGUGAAGAAACUCUGAACAAGUAUAACUCAACUCUCUCUGACCUGCCAUCAACCAGGUCCCAGGAUGGUUUCAACCUGCUCCUGCGUCGCCAUGGAGGCUCAAAGAGGAACUCACUAUUACGUUGGUGUCAGAGCCAAACCCAAGGCUACCAAAAUAUUGACAUUACCAAUUUUAGCAGCAGCUGGGUGGAUGGCCUUGCAUUUUGUGCUGUUUACCACACCUACCUCCCCUCACAUAUUCCUUAUAGCAGCCUCAGUCCAGACAAUAAGAGGCACAAUCUCAGUCUCGCAUUCAAAACAGGCGAGACUGUUGGGAUUGCCCAAUCUUUGACUGUUGAUGACAUGCUGCGUGCAGGUGGUCCUGACUGGCAAAGAGUCCUAAGCUAUGUGGAAAGCAUGUAUCGUCACUUUGAGAUGUGACUGAUGAAGGAGCAGUGAACUAUCCAAGGUUGAAGUGUCCAGGCCUGGAUGGUAAUGAUCACAAUGUAAAAGUGACUCUAUUGAAAGUUUGACUGCGUUAAAUGCUCAGGGAUGUGCAUUAGGGGAGGUCAUAUACAAGGCAGCACACGCUUGCACGUCCAUCACACUAAUACUGACACACCAAAUGCCUUUCUUACUUGGUGAAAGUGACCUUUGUACUGGUGGUAAUAUGUACAUACCAAAUAUUUGACAAACCUUCAUUGUAAAAUGUUAAUAAGUAACUAGUGUUAAGACCAAAGGAAUAAAAUCUUGA